ACCUGUAUUAACUUGAACUGAGGAGAGAUAAAGUGACAGGAUCAGGAUGGUAAACAUUUGUAGCCGACUGUGGCACCUGCCACUAUUGUUGUGUCUCACAGGACUCCUGCAGUGGGAUCUGUGCAGCAGUCAGCGUCUGGUCCAGAUCCAAGAAGGUCCUCUGUACAGAGUGAAAGGAUAUCCAAUCUCAAUAUCCUGUAAUGUUACAGGGUUUAAAGGCCCAGCUAAGCAGGAUUUUCAAUUCAAAGUCAAGAAGUCAAAUGAGGAUAUAAAUAUGAUCAGUACUAGUGACCCACACUUUUCCUACAGCAUAUUCGCAGACAGGGUAAGAAUAAAAGAUAUUGAGAUUCAAAUGUUGUCAGGUUCUUCAGUUCUUUUGAGGAUCAAAAAUUUGCUGGAGGAGGAUGCUGGUGAUUUUAAAUGUGAGACCCCAAACACAGAUGGCUCAUAUUGGGGAAAUUAUGCUGCAGAAACCAAGCUUAAUGUGAUUAGGGACACCCUGGAGGCAUCGUACUCUGGAUCUCCCUCUCAGAGCUUGUCUGAAGGUGAUCCUCUUCAGCUUGAGUGUCAGGUCUCCAGCCAGACUUUUCAACACACUCAUCUGUCAGUCACCUGGUUUCUCCAUGGUGAAGAGGAUGAAAACCCCAGACCAAUCAUUACUCUGGACAAAGAUCUGACAGUAAAGCCAGGAGCUGGAUUUGAGGAUCGCUAUCAUACUGGUCUUAUUAGCAUGGAUAAGGUGGAGGACACAACCUAUAGACUGAAGAUGCCUCAAGUGCAGCAGUCCGACCAGGGGAAGUUCUACUGCAAAGCCACUGAAUGGAUCCAAGACCCAGACCGUUCCUGGACACAGAUUGCCUACAAAAACACCACAGCAUGCAAUGUAGAGGUUAAACUCUUGAUCCAAGAUGGCGCCUGUGUGUUUGGCUGGCCGUCUGCUGCUCUCUUGUUUAUUUGUAUGGUUGUUUGCCUGGCUUCCUAAUUGAUGCACACUCAUGGUAUAUGACCGACAGUCUCUCCUGGACAUUCAUUCCUCAUUUAUGGACAUUUGUCAGGCAGAUUUU